AUGCCAGAAAAGUCAGACGAAGCAUGGAAAAGGGAAAUCCAAGAGAUCGAGAAGAAGAUUGAGGAUGCUAAGACCACACUCGAGAACAAGAAGGAGGAACAGACGGCGGUCAAUGAGCAGCGCGAAAAGUUACAAGAGGCAAAAGAGCAGAGAUCAAAGCCACCUGCGCCAGUUCUCAUCCUUCACACCAUGGUGGACGCUCAUCGCGAACAUACCCAGGUUGCUGGAAAUGAAUUCGACCUGUUGUACAAGGACGCUUUGAAGAUCGCCAAAGACGCCAUGUUUCUUACAAUGUCCAUGUCAUCAGACGAGGAGGAUUGAAGUAGCGCCCCAGACAUUAUCUUCUCAGUCAAUCCUGCAAACAUCAUACUGUCGCGCAAGGAGGGUUGAGACGGC